AUGGCAACCUCCGAGUUACCUGCAAUACGCGAAUCCAGGUUUAACAACAAGAAGGGAGUACUCAGGGUAGCUGUGUCGGUUUCUUUAGCUGUAGUGCUUCUAUCUGUAGUAGUAUAUGUUUAUAGAAAGAAAAUGAAGAGGUCUCACAAAAAAGGACCAGGGAGCAGGGUACAUACCGUUGAUAAGGAUCAUACCAGUGCUUCUAUGGGAAACCUUGAUGAAGUACCUUUUUAUAGCUUGCAUAAGAUAGCUAAGGCUACUAAUAACUUCAACAUUGAUAAUAAGAUUGGAGAAGGUGGUUUUGGUCCAGUUUACAAGGGUAUGUUGGAAGAUGGGCAAGUAAUCGCUGUAAAGCGUCUCUCAGAAGCUUCCCAACAAGGGCUUGAUGAGUUCCAAAACGAAGUCCUUUGUAUUGCGAAACUUCAACAUCGAAAUCUUGUGAAGCUUCUAGGAUACUGCAUUCAAGGAAAUGAAAAGAUGCUAAUUUAUGAGUACAUGGCUAACAAAAGCUUAGACUCAUUUCUAUUUGAUGAAACCAGAGGUUCAAUACUUGACUGGUGUCAACGAUUGCACAUUAUACAUGGUAUAGCUCGAGGUAUUCUUUAUCUACAUCAAGAUUCGCGCCUCCAAAUCAUCCAUAGAGACCUCAAGGCAGGUAAUAUCUUGUUGGAUAGUGAAAUGAAUCCAAAAAUAUCGGAUUUUGGCCUUGCUCGAAAGUUUGUAGGACAGGAUGCCAUGGCUAAGACGAAGAAGGUGGUUGGCACACUUGGUUAUAUUUCUCCUGAGUAUGCAGUACAUGGACGUUUCUCUAUAAAGUCAGAUGUAUUUAGCUUUGGUGUGAUUGUGUUGGAGAUAGUGAGUGGGAAGAAAAACAGAGGGUUCUCUCAUGAGGCUCACAGUGACAAUCUUCUUGGACAUGCAUGGAGACUCUAUAAAGAAGAUAAGUCCAUUGAACUCAUGAGUGCAUCUUUACGAAACUCAUGUGUUGUCUCAGAAGUACUACGUUCAAUACAUGUUGGAUUAUUAUGCGUUCAACAUCAUGCAGAAGAUAGGCCAACUAUGUUGUCUGUGGUUUUGAUGCUGAUUAGCGAGGGUGCACUACCUCAACCUAAACAACCAGCAUUUUUCACAGAUGAAAGUUAUCGUGAACCUGAUUCUGUUUCAUCGGUUGAUGAGUACAUGCUAACAAUAUUUUCGACACAUUAUUCUCUGCUUAAGAACACCACUACUGGAGCAAAAUCACCGCCGUUCUCUUUCGCGUCGCACCUGUACUUUGCUUUUUGUAUCUCACGUUGCUCUUAUGCCUCCUCCAUAAUCGCCAUCAUCAUCUCCGAUCACCAUCAACUACUACUCACCUCAGUCGCUCACACCUUCACACCGUCACUGACCUCAGUCGCUCACAUCUUCGGUUUCGCUCCAACUAGUCGCUCACACCUCCGGUGUCGCUCCUAUCAGUCGCUCACACCUUCGGUGUCGCUCCUAUCAGUCGCUCACACCUCUGGCGUUGCUCCCCUCUGA